AUGUUAAAUAUCAAUGAACUUGAUGAAUACAAUAAAGAAUAUAAUCAAACAUCAAUACAAUUCUCUGAUAAUUUUGAUAGUAUAUUCAAAGAUUCAUGUGAAAUAAAGUUAAAUGAUGAUAAAAUGUCUUCAACAGAGGAAUUCAUACAUAAUAUGGGUAUUAAAAGUGAAUUUGUAGCAUUUUUUGAUGAUAUUGAAGAACCAGAAAUA